AGUCACAGGAAUAACACACCAGCCAACAUUGCACCCUUGGUUUGUGCAUCUCUUCAUGACUUCCGUAUGCAUGCUUGUAACCACAAUGAUCUUUAAAGACAAAAGUGAAAGCAAUCUGCAUGUAAGUUGUGAAGUUGGCACUUGGGGAGCUGGCAUGUUUUGAAGUAACAAACUGUCAAGAUUACAGGUGUGUUACAUUACAGUCAUGGGUGGAGGUAAGUUCUAGCACUGAAAUGUCCCAUUUGUUGGAACAAAUUAUUCCAUUUUUUGCUGGCGGUUGUGUGAUCGCAUGUAUUCUGCUGACAGUCAGCACAGCAGUGACUGAAAGUUGUCUGAUCUAAGAAGUUUCACAAUCAGAUCCUCAACACAUUCUGCUGAUUCUUCAACAUUGCUGCGGCCAGACUAUCAGUAUCACAGUUGUUGAUCUUAGUGAAUCUUGAUGGCUUCUUGGCCAAGUCAUCACAAAGCAUGGCCAGUCCAUAUAUUCAAAACAGAAUAAAUGAAGCAUUAAUUUGUCAAAAUAAUGUUUGUGUUUAUAAUUCUCCCUUUAGUAUUGUUGAGUAAGCCAUGGAGGACAUUGCCAGAGGACUACGAGAAAAGUCUUUAUGAUGUGAAGCUUUACAAACCUCGCAUGAAAAGUGUUAAACAUGUCCGAAUUCUGCUCCACGGACCAGUUGGCGCUGGCAAAUCUACUUUCAUCAACUCUGUGAACAGUCUGUUUCAAAGGAGAAUCACCUGCGGAGCUAUGUCAGAUGGAGCAAAUUGGUCCAGCUUCACCCAGAAAUACACAACUUACAAAAUCGAGAAAAGCAUGAAGGAAUCAUAUAACUUCGUUUUCAAUGACACCAAAGGCCUGGAAGAGCCAACCAACUCUGGAAUUGACGUAGAGGACAUUAAAUGUGUCCUGAAAGGACAUGUGCGUGAUGGUUACAAGUUUAAUUCAGAAAAUCCAAUUUCAGAGGAUGAUGAUUUCUACAAUGCAAAUCCGAUUCUGAAUGACAAGGUUCAUGUUGUGGUUUUUGUCAUUCCUGCUGAUAAAAUAUCUCUCAUAUCUGAAACGAUGCGAACAAAGAUGAGAAACAUCAGACUAGCAGCUAGUGAGGAGGGAAUUCCCCAGCUGAUUGUUCUCACCAAAGUCGAUGAAUACUGUCCAAAGGUGAAAGAGGAUAUUACCCAUGUCUAUCGGAGCCGAUCCCUAAAGGAACAGGUUGACAAAGCCAGCCAGCUUCUCGGCCUUCCACCAAACUGCAUCUUUCUUGUGAAAAACUAUCAUACAGAAAUGGCACCAAAUGACAACAUGAAUGCUCUGAUACUGUUUGCACUGAGACAGAUGAUUAAUUUAGGAGAAGAUUACCUGAACAGCCUACCUGAACCUGAGGAAGAUGAGCCAGAAGUUGAGCCAGAAGAUGAGCCAGAGAAAGAGUGAAGUCUGAAUGAUAUGUGGAUGACUCAAAAAGACCUCGAGUAUUUCUCAGUCUUCUUUUAAAUUUUAAGUAAAUCAUGAUCAAUAUGCAUUUGUAUGGCUGUUUGGAUUUGUAAACAUUUUUUGGAAAUCUGUGUUUGUUUUACUGAAUAAUGUGGAAAAUGUGGAAUGAUUAUUUUGGAUGACCAUGUUAUUGUUCAUUCAUUCAUUCAUUCAUUCAUUCAUUUUCUAGUCAAGUCAAAUGAGUGACACUGUUCCUAUUCAACUACUUUGAUUUUUUUCCUUUAAAGAAAAUACUUUAAAUCAAAAAACACAUGUCAAAUUGACCUGCAUACAGAUCAUUGUUUUGUCUUGUAGUUUUCAAUCAACAUUGAUAUUAUUAAAAAAGUUUUUUUUUCCCCA